ACAUUUGAAAAUAACAAAAGAAACGGCGAUCAUUGUUUACAAACGAAUUGGCUGUUAAAUUGUUUAACCUCAAAUGUCAGAUGCAUCAAAUGGUGAACACAGAUAUCGCGCUAAAAUCCACGACACUGUCAUAACAUUUCAUUAAAUUGUUUUAUCGCAAAACGCUUAAUUUUUUUUUAAAACGAAAAUUCAAGUGUGCAAAAUGUCAGAGAAUAUUGCCGAAGACGAUUACCAACUAAGCGAUGAUGAUGAAGAACCAAUUACGGCACAAAAGGUGUUGGAAAAUGUGCAAAAUACAUGGUUAAAUGAGAAAUUUGCGCCCGAAUUGUUGCCACAUCAAACGGAUAUGCUGGAUUUGAUGCUUGGCCAGGUUGAACACAUGGAAGGAAAUAUAUCGGAACUUGAUAAAUAUGAUUUUCGAUAUGUUGCUCAUCGAAUCGAAUUGGAGCGGAUCAAAUACAUUGUGACGAAUUAUUUAAAGUGUCGAAUCAGAAAGAUUGAAACAUUUACUCGUUCAAUUUUGGAAGAGGAUAACCAGCGACCGAACAACAAAAAACGUUUAUCGAAUGAAGAGCGUCAGUAUGCCGAAGCACAUAUGGCAUUGAUUAAAAAGCAUUUUCAUCAAAUUGCUAUUCAACAUAUGCCAGCUAAUUUGCAAGAAGAGAAAGCCGAUGAAAUUGUAAAACCCAAUUUGAUGUCGCACAUAUUCCUACGCGCCAUUGAAUCAGUGCCAUCGGUCGUUGUUGGCAUGAACGAUGAAGAAGUUGAUUUGGAAGCCGGCUCUUUGCACAUUAUGCCAUAUAAACUUGCUUCCGACCUGUUACUCGAUGAAAAAAUUCAAUUAAUUUAAUAUUCAAUAUUUUUAAGUCAGCAGUUUUAAAAAUUUGUGAAAAAAAAAUUCCACUAGAAUCAAAAAAU